AUGGAAGAAAGUGUUAGUAAUAACGGAGGUAGUGGUGGAGGAGGAAAUAAAGUAGAAUUUGACCAGUUAGAUGAUGGGUUAACUAGAAUAAUAAAAAAGCAAAAAACAUGUUUAAGUAAAGCAAUUUCUGAUAUUGAUACAAUAAUUUCAAGUUUAAAACAAUGUAAACAAGUUUUAUCUUUAUCAAGUAAUAAUGAUAAUAAUAUCGAUAAUAACAUUGAAACAACAAAUGAUAUAAUACCAAAAGCAAUUUCAAAAUUAAAUCAAUCUUUAAUAGAUUCUAAAUUAUGUACUAAAUUAGUUAGCGAACAUAAAGAAUUACAUGCACCAAUUUCUAAAUUUGGUAAAUUAGUAGAUAAAAAUUUUAGAAAUGAUAUUGAAAAAUCAACAAAAGAUAUUGGAUUUGAUACAAAAAUUUUAAAUAAAGUUAUAUUAAAUCAUUUAUAUAGAGUUGGUAAAUUUGAAAUUGGUGAUAUAUUUGCAAAUGAAAUUGGUAUUGAUAAAAAGGUGGCAAUCUCAAUAAAGGAUUGUUUUAUAGAGCAUCAUAAGAUAUUGGAAUCAAUUGAACAAUUCAAUUUGAAACCAGUGAUUGAAUGGUGUAGAUUACAUAGAGAAGGUUUAUCAAGUAUUGAUAGUAGUUUAGAGUUUAAAUUACAUAGGUUACAUAUUAUACAAUUGUUAAAGAAUCAAAAAUCAGACGAUGCUUUACAAUAUGCAAGAGAUUAUCUCGAAGAGUUCUCAACGACACAUAUGAAAGAUCUUCAACAAUUGAUGGGUACAUUCCUCUUUGCCAAGAGGUUAGAUCAAUCACCCUAUAAAGAUAUUUUUGAACAACAAUCAAUCGAUGAUCAAUGGUUUGAAAUUAGAAAUACAUUCUCGAGGGAUAAUUGCUCUUUAAUGGGGUUACCUCAAGAAUCACCCUUAUCAAUAACCAUUACCGUUGGUAUCAAAUCUUUACCAACCCUAUUAAAGUUAUCAUCAUUUAGUGUAUUGAAGGGUGUAAAUGAUGAUUCAUUAACCGUUGAAAUCAAUGUCGAUGAAAAAUAUAAAUUUCAUAGUGUUUUCGCUUGUCCUGUCAGUAGAGAACAAAGUACUUCUCAAAAUCCUCCUGUUAUGUUAUUUUGUGGUCAUCUAUUAUGUAAAAAUUCAAUGCAACGUUUAUUAAAAGGUUCCUCAAAUCGUUUUAAAUGUCCAUAUUGUCCUGCUGAACAAAAUUUAUCAAAUGUAAAAACUGUUUACUUUUAA